AUGGAAGUUAUCGUUACAGCACUGAAAGAACAGAAGCCUUAUGAUGAGCUCAAAGACAUGCUAAUCAACUGGGAUGGAGAUGGCAAAACCCAUAUUUUUCUUGAUUUAAUCUCCCAUCUGUGAGGGCAAAAUAUUUUGCUCAUUCAUCAAGAGGUUUUUUAAAUUUAAAAAAAUAUUUCAUUUCAUAAAAUUGGAAAGUAAAAAGUUUAGUUAAUUUGUAAAAUUUAUUUGAGAAUUAAGGCUGUUAAAAAUUCAGUAAACUAAGUAGAGAUUUUACUAUAAUAAACUAUCAUUUAUAUAUUAAGAUAUUUUUAAUAAAAAAUUUUAUACCAACUCAUUAGAAAAUUUUUUCAAAUAAUUAAUUUUAUAAAAUUAGUCUUGACUAGUUUAAUGUAAAAAACACAAUUAGCAUAUUAUUUAAACAGUUUUCACACUGAAUUGAUAAAAUUUUUAAAUUAAUUCUUCCUAAAUAUAGAUUAAAAUUCAAAGCCUUUAAUUCAAUUUUUUUAAAUUUUUAAAUAUUUUUUUACUCCCCCCCCAUCCUUGAUCGAACGAUUGACUGUAAAAAUUCCUAAAAAUUGGGGAAAUUAACCCCCAUCCUUGAUUGAACGAUUUUCAUAUCAUGCAAAUUUUUAUAUAUAUAAAAAUAUAUUAUUUAUCAAAAGCUUGGGAAGAUGUACAUAAUGAAGUUGCUUUCAGAGGCUUUGAGACGACAAAAAGCUGCGGAAUCAACCAUCCGAAGUGAUUUAGUCAUUAACAUAUGCUUAAAAAACUCAAUAAUCUAAUAAAAUAGAGAUUCUUUAAAAUUUUUAAAAAAAAAAUUAAUUUAAUAAGGAACAAAUUAAAAUUUAUACAAUUUAAAGGGGUAACUAAUAAAUCAAAAUAUUAAAAAUUGGUAUUUUAUGAAAUAAAUUACAUUUUUUGCUGUAAAAAUAAUUAUUAAAUAUUCUUAACCCUCUUAUUUAAAAGUAAAUAAAAAAAAAUAUCUAUAUAUUUUUUUAUUUUUAUAUAUAAAUUUUUUUUCCCGAAAAAUUUUUUUUUUAACCCCCAUCCUUGAUCGAACGAUGGCGAGUCGUUCGAUCAAGGAUGGGGGGGGGAGUUAGAGUUUUUUUAUUAAAAAAAUUUAACUCGAACAUUAAAGUGAGUAAAAUUUUUUAUUUCCUAAAAAGGAUUUUCCAAUGAUUUUGCUCACUCACGGAGGGGGAAAAGAGUUAGCAAUUGUACACAAAUGUAAAGAAGGAGUUAGGUUAAUUGGCGACAUGGAAGGCCCUAAUAUUUAUAUGACCCCUUAUGAUUUAUAUGAUAGAGUUACACCGAUUUAUAUUUCGCAGCUGUUAAGCAGCUUGCAUGAAGACUAUAACGACAUUCUGAACUACAUGAUAGUCAGAAUCGAAGAUUCAAAGCCUUGGAACAGAAGAAAAUAUUAUCUUUUUAUUAUGAAAUUCAGUAAGUUUUGGAGUUCCAAGCUUCCGAAAGGAAUCAUCCGUAUGAUAGGGGAAGAAUAUCUGUAG